AUGGCCGAAUUUGCACCACUGACCGGUUUUCAGAGCCCAUCACCGAAUAGCUUCUACACUUACUCCGACUCCGGGGCCAAUGACCCCCGUGCGCAUAGCAGCAACACCGACAGUACCUAUCGAACAGCCUCCACCAGACUUCCUCGAAAGCCGUCUCUCCAAACGGUCCAGGGCCACGCGACCUCAGCUUCCGGCGGCGGAUCCUCGUCUCACAAUUCCAAAUCAAGAGCGGCGUCCGUGUCCAGGCUUCAGCAGCAGCAUGGGCGACAGCUGAGCCUUCAACACAGCCUUGAGAAACCAUUGCCAGAGCCGCCGGCCUCGACAAGUCCCACUACGCCUCCGACGGCGGCCCACACUUCCUUCGACAGCAUUUCGCAGAGCAUCGGUGCCGUAGACCCGCGCUUCGUCGAGUCCCGGUUGGACAGCAGAACAAGCCCCAUGGACUCGGCGGGCUCGGCUGGCGCCAGCCAGAUGUACGGUGCAUCUGGCCAGGACAAUUUCUACACCCAAGAGAUGACGAGCAACAUGGGCGGCGGCCUGACCGCCGCCAGAUAUGCCAGUGCUGAUGAAUAUAGAGAAGCUCAUAGAGAUGCGCAUAGGGAGCCGCAUAGGGAGGGAUUGACUCCGAGGAGCAACGGCUCUGUAUCAGCGGGCAUGUCGCCCGCGAUUGUGCAGCAGCCCCAGAUGCAGACUCCCUCUGCUACCCCAGUCGGCGGUCCCUCUCAGGGAGCUGGGUCGUCGGCACACCUGUCGGGCUUGAUGUGCAACGUACACCGGACGACGGGCCAGGAGCCUCCACCGCUGGUUGGAGCUACCACGACGAUUCUUGGUGACAAUUUGUACGUGUUUGGCGGCCGCAUUCUCUCGCGGAGCCGUCCCGCGCCCUUGACCUCUGACCUGUACGAGUUGGAUCUCAUACGCCGCCACUGGACGCGACUCGAGGUGACUGGCGAUAUUCCACCGCCGCGAUACUUCCAUUCCAUGUGUGCUCUCGGGGGCACCAAGAUGGUUUGCUAUGGUGGCAUGUCCCCGGCGCCUAAUCAGUCCGUGGGCGCAGAUCAGCAGCAGCCCGAAGUUACCGUCAUGUCCGACAUUCACAUUUACGACGUCCCGACAAAGAAAUGGUCCUACGUCCCGGCACAAGACGCCCCCCAGGGCCGUUAUGCCCACUGUGCAACCAUCCUCUCGUCCUCUGCCACGUUUUCGUCCAAAGCUGCCCCUCUCUCUGCUCUCCAGCACAACCCAUCCAACGGCAACCCCAACGAAGGCCGAAUUGGUAUCAACAUUGACGGCUCAGGAGGCGCCCAGUUGGUUAUUGUCGGAGGACAGGAUGGUGCAAAUCACUACAUCGAACAGAUCAGUGUCUUCAAUCUGAGAAGUCUCAAGUGGACGACAAACCAACCUCUGGGAAAGAGUUGCGGUGCCUACAGGAGCGUCGCCGCAUCGGUACCUCCCGCUGUAAGUGCGAGAAUCGGAAUGAACGCCCAGAACGGCCAGCAACGCACCGAUAGCACCGCUGGCCAGGAGCCCGGAUCCUCGAUGCUCAUCUACUCCAACUACAACUUCUUGGAUGUGAAACUCGAGCUCCAGAUUAGGUCUCCUGACGGGACCUUGACGGAACGGCCCAUGACCGGCAGCUACUCACCACCCGGUCUUCGCUUCCCGAAUGGCGGCAUCAUUGAUACUCACUUCGUGGUCAGCGGGACGUACCUCACGUCAUCGAAGCAAGAGUAUGCGCUCUGGGCUCUGGACCUCCGAUCUCUCACCUGGAACCGGAUUGAUGCGGGGGGCAGCGUAUUCAGCCAAGGCAGCUGGAACAGGGGCGUCUUGUGGAACCGUCGGAAUACAUUUGUCAUACUGGGCAACAGGAAGAGGAGUUUGGUCGACGACUAUAAUCACCGACGCAUCAAUUUCUCCAACGUUUGCAUGGUGGAGCUGGAAGCCUUUGGCUUCUACGACAACCCGCGCAAGACGGACCCCAUGUCUGGCUUCAUCUCAGCCAGCAGUCCCUAUUCCGGGUUGGCCCUGAGCCUUGCGCGCAAAGCUGGUUCUACCGCCGGCGGCCGCUUCCACUCUCGGGCGAGCGAGGACUUGGGGGAGAAGGUACUCUCAUUCCGGGAACUUGCGGACAUGGACAUCCUGUGUAUCGGUGGUGAGCGGAUACCUGUCAACUCUCGGAUUGUUGCGCGGAGAUGGGGUCCAUACUUUGUCCAGCUUCUGCGAGAAGGCACCGCAACACAGGAUGGCAGUGACGCUGUUACCUUGCGAUCUGGCCUGUCGAGCAAUCCUCUGCGCGCGUCAGCAUUGACCAUCACGCCCAACCGGAAUUUCGACGAUACGGCAACGCUGGUUGGCAGCACGGUAGGCUCCGUGGGGGGUUCCAUCUCAGGACCGUCUGGCGGCUCUGGACCGACAAUCCAUCACGGCAUAGGAAAUUCGACCACACAAAAUGAUGAAGCGGUUGCAGCCGUUAACAACGCCCCAACCCCUCGCAGCUUGAUGCCUAACUCGAGGCCGCGGUGCCUCUAUCUUCCACACACAUACCUGACCAUUCAGGCCCUCCUGCACUUUUUGUAUACUAGCUCUUUACCCUCACCGACCUCUUCACUGUGCACACCGCAGAUCCUCUGCUCUCUCUUACAAAUCGCGCGGCCAUACAGAAUUGAUGGCCUUCUCGAAGCCGUCGUUGAGCGCCUACACGCUCUCCUCGACAGCAGGAACGCAGCGGCAGUGUUUAAUGCGACGGCCAUGGCCGCUGGUGGCGGCCGCGGCAUCGACGGAUCUCUGAAUCCCAACUUCUUCGUCGGCAGCCUGGAUCCCGUCGGGUCUCCGGUGUCGACAUCGGACUUUUCCCUCAGCGGCACUACCGCCAACGACUCCUUCUCGUCGGACCUGUCUUCGCGUACGGCAAGCCUGAGUCUCGCUCCUGGCCUCCAGCACCCGGCACGUUCGUCCAGCGGCGACAUUUCGGCGUCAACGAGCGCGAGCGGAUCUGAAUGGGGGUCGGAGAUGGGAGACAAUGAGCGCGACGGCGUUGUCUGGAACGGAGAGCUCAGUAGUGUAAUUGGCCUGCAAAAGAGAGGUCUCCGAGGACUGAUGGAGGGCCGAAGAAUGAGGGAGAGAACAGGAACCGGAACCGGAGGCGCGGCAGGCAUGGGGGCCGCUGGCAUUGCGGGCUAUGGCGGCCAAGCUGGCGGCCAGCGUGUAGGAUUGGGCAUUGCCGGAUCGUGA